GCAAGUAUGGCAUUACACAUUGCGGUACUAUAGCAGUCAUUAGGCUCGAUCGAUAGUCAGUGACAAUUACUGAGUUAUGGAGACUUACCAAGAUGGCAUUCUGUGUCCACCAUUGACAGACACUGGCAUGGUGGGUCUGCAUAGAAUGAGAUAACAAUGAGUGGGUUUGUGACUAUUACUCGGGUUCAAUGAUAAGAAGUCCAACAUUUCCUUGUGCGACUAUCUCAAUAGCCUAAGGAGACAAUUGGCUUCGUUGAGGGGAAGAUCUAGACCAGUUUGAUUUCCCAUGGUAUCAAGAGAAGGGGACUACACCUUAUACUAGGUGCGUGUGAAGCAUGCAACCUCAAGUAUCAACAACCAACCUCUUCCCAAAAUCAAUGUGACCAUUCAAGAUCUACAUGGGCGCAUAUGCAUACAACAUUCGUUAGCUGACCCUGUAUCUCCCAGUCCAUGUAGGAAUAUCACCUGGAAAUGUGUGAAGGGAUAAUGUCCAAUGGUGCGACCAUCAAUCCACCCUGCAGGAGACGCAGUCAAGAGAUUGAAGAUAAUGGACUAGAGCGUUUGCUAGCCGAUUCUUUGAGCUCAGCGAUUGUCAUGACAAAACUUCGGAUGAACUAUUCUGAGUGGAUUGAUAAUUUAGAACCUAGGGGGCCGAGCGGACCUCCACCGCCACCUACAGAUGCUGAGAGUCCAAACAUUUCCUCAUCGCAAUACUUUGCAUAUCAUCAUAUUUCUGCUGCUCAUGAUCGUGAGAUGACUUCAGUCCUGUGUCUAGAGAGUGGCAAACCACCCAGUUUGGUUCCAUUUAUCCCUUCCAUAGUGAUCGCCUUUAAAGAAUGUACACAACUCAUUAAACGGGAUGUUAGAUCCAACCAAGAAGGAGUAGAAAAAGCCAAUCUGACAAGCCAUGCAUUUGGCAUGAUCAUUCUUUGUUACACUGAUGACGAACCAAAGGCCUCAUCAUUGAAUGUUAUUUCUGAGGAAGCCAUGAAAAGCGGAGUAAAGACAGAAGGCUAUACUCAAUCGUACAUCAACAUAGAGAUAGAUGAUCGAAAACCUCAAGAUGAAAACAACACUGCUCUUUACUUUAAAACAGACCAAUUCUACUACUAUAUCCAUGUACGAGAUUCAAAUCGACCAACUCUUGAACCUAGAUAUGUAAACGUAAAGGACCACACAUCUGACGAAGUUUAUAACCAUCUCCAAUUCAGGUCAGUAUACCCUGACAAACGAAAAGAAGAUGGAACUUUAGAGACAUCCAAAAAUGCUGCUACAGGGAGUCGUAAUGGAGUAACAGAUGCAAUGAAUAGCUAUGUUCAAGAUAAUAGCCAUGGUAACCAGGCAACUGGAAAAGUUCACAACCUAAAGUUUUGAACGACUGUGAAGAGAAAGAAGUCACUGAUGGAGGUUUUCACUGUUGCCAGUUUCUAUAAAGAUUCUUAUUUUUUUCAUGUAAAUAAACUAGAUCUAGUAUUUGAUACAUACUAUAAAAAUAAUAUUAUGAAAGUAUAAUACACGAC